AGUAAAAAGUCAUUGCAAGUGAUGGCGGGCAGCAGAUUUACUGUGUUACUUUUAGGUUUUUGCGGCAUUGCUGCAGCGCAGAUAAGUCCGAACUUUUGUCCGCACGAACAACCAAGCGUUACGUACAAGGCCUGGUCUUCCGAAACUAGCUGGGAUUCAGGAAAAGUGCCAGACGCUAACACUGACGUAGCAUUAAAUGACGGAAUCUAUCUUGUUGACACGUCGGUUGACGUCAAAAGCAUCACCGUUGGCAAGGACGCCACCUUAGUGUUUAAGGAUGUAGACCUUAAGGUCAGGACCCGCUAUAUCCUGGUCCGUGGUGCGCUUUAUCUCGGCUCGGAAACGUGUAAACUGAAAAGCGUCAUUGAUAUUACACUUUACGGUGACAAAGGUGAUGUUUCCAUACCUAGUUUUGGAGAGAAAUUUAUUGGAGUGGAAAGUGGCGGAGUUCUCCAUCUACACGGCUCCGACAAAAGGCCGUGGACAAAACUGACCCAGACCGUGCAGAAAGCAAAGAAUGGAGAAAUCUCCGAUAUUUAUAAUGACGACGGUGUCAAAAAAGCCAAGUUCCAAGGAAUUGUAAUGUAUGUCUGGGACGCAACUUCCGGUCAGCUGGAGGAAGCCAAGGGUGUCUACGCCGCGGGUCGGUAUACGAUUACCAAAUCCGGAAAUCAGUGCGAGGCGGACGAAGAUGCCAAACAGUUUGAAGAAACGCUUAAAGCUAUCCCUGAUGGUAAAAUUGUUGGACUUGCUUUAAUACGACAUCUUCUUCAUAGAGGUAACGUCAAUUACGCCAUGUUCUACGAGAUCUUUGAAAACUUCGCCUUUGGACAAGUGACGGGCAACAGCGAAAUACGGAAUCUACGUCUUCAUGACGCUUGGUCAUUUGUCAUGAAGAAAGGCGACAUCGCUUCCUCCCAAGAGUUGUUUUUGAAGGACGAUAAAGUAAAACUCGAGCGAGCUGCUGAGGUCUACCACUAUGAGAAUAACAACAAAUUCACCGUCAGGAGCUGGGUCCACUCUAUUCGUCGUGGUGCCUGCUACGCCCGCGGAAAGAGCGCCCAGGCUGACAUUGCCGAUCCAAAAUUAUCCCUAACGAAUGACGUCAGUUCCUGGAAAGAUGGCGAUGAAGUGGUCCUGCUGUCCACCGAUUAUGAUCCUAAACAAGCUGAAGUGACAACCAUUAAGGAAUGUACUGAAUGUGGACCGAAUGAAGCAAGAAUCAAUCUUGAGCCAAUGUUCACUCACUUUGGACAAAUGGUUAAUGGUGUCGAUAUGCGAGGAGAAGUUGCUUUACUUAGCCGUAAUAUAAAAAUCCGAGGGGCUCCGGCUGCCAAUAGCAAGACACUUGGGGGACAUAUCAAGGUCCUGAGGGGUUUUAAAGAAGCACAGGUGGAGAAUGUAGAACUCGUUAACAUGGGGCAGUUGGAUACACUAGGAAAUUAUCCAUUCCAUUGGCAUAUGUGUGGUGACGUCACAAACUCUUACAUCCGGGGUAGUGUUAUCCGGGACUCCAACGCACGUUGUGUAACAAUCCAUGGUACCAAUGGGGCUAUGGUGGAGAACAAUGUCUGCUUUAAAGCUGUUGGACACGGAUAUUUUCUGGAGGAGGGCGGAGAAGUGAAUACAGUAUUGAAUGGAAACCUUGGGGCUGGAAAUACCCGGACAAGUAAACUUACCAAAACAGACGGAAUGCCUUCAACCUUCUGGAUUACGAACCCCAAAACAACAUUGACAAACAACGUAGCAGCCGGAAGUGACUAUGCCGGAAUCUGGUACGUAUUUCCUGAUGAACCCAUCGGAGUCUCAUAUGGAGUGGUGAAUACAAUGCAGAAAGACGAGGCGAAGCGAACACCCAUAAAAGAGUUCAACAAUAAUGUCGUUCAUUCCAACCGUGUGGCCGGACUUUUCUUCGAUAGACGCCUACAGAACAACACAGCCUUUGGAUGGGGGACAAAAUAUACCCCUCUGAGUGACCCACUGGAUGUGAAUUCGGCUCCACAGACUGCCGUCUUUAAAAGGCUGACAGCAUACAAGAACGAGAUGUUCAAUAGUUGGUUUGAUGCUUCGAAUAUUCACGUGACACAGUCCUCAUUCUCUGACAGUUUGAUGUCAUUUGCUGUGAGAAGAAGCAGCAAUGGACCCGAUUGCUUGGUUACCAACAGCGUGUUUAUGGGGGAAUCGAUCAACAUUGGAGAACCAUCUGUUAUCAGGGGAAAUGGCAUGGUCAAGACUUAUCCCAGGGCCGUACCACUCAGAAUGGCUAACCAGCCUCGACAAGGCUUUGUGUUCUAUGACAAGGCAGUCAGUCUGGAGGACUCUUGGUUUGGUAACUAUGCCAGUACAGAUGAUUAUAACGCGGGGGCUCUCGGAUUCCAGAGGAACAACAUGCAUAUAACGGCCCAUGGAGCAUAUACCAAAGGACUUCAAUGGGGAUUUAGUGACGAAUCUGAAGGAAAUCGUGUUUUUGACGGGAAUUCCACUGACCUCGGUUUCACUGCUUUGGACGGAGAUGACAUAGCUGUCUUUAAGGAUGUUGACGGGUCAACCACAGGGACUAAAGGGAGUUUCGUGGUCAAACCAUUACCAAUCCACUUGACUGAACAGUGCGAGGAAAUUGAUAACUGGAAAAUGGCUAUUUGUCCACAUGCUUACGGCCAAGUAAGGGCCAAUUUUGACGGGAAAAAUGAUGACGAGAUUACCGUCACGCGAGAUGAUGAUCGAGAUGACCCCGUGACGGCAGACAGGAGGUCGUAUGCUCCAUUCCUGGCUAUACUAGGAGGGUCGUAUAGUUACCUGGUCCGCUCAAACGCUGAUAAGGCGCCGGGCUGGUGGAGAUUCGAGUUCUUUGGCUUGUCAAAGUCCAAUUCUGCUUCUUUGGCUGUGUGUAUUCCACGCCAAUCGACAGUUAGGCCAGCCAUGUUUAAUAUAGACACUGGCAAAUGGGAGAGAGGCGUAGCAGUAGCAUCCUAUGAUGACUUCCAGAAAGGAACUUCUUUCAAAGACUAUUUCGUAGACACAGAAGUAGGUGUUAUAUUCCUCAAAGCCAUGCACGUCCGUGAAGAGGUCGAGGGAGACAGAGGGAACUGUUUAGACAACAAGUGUCCGUUUGUCCACUUUUCCAAUAAGGAUGGUGACAGAACAGACACGGAUUGUAACGACCGAUUCUACGCUAAAUACAAAAAGGACCAAGUCACACCUUCACGAAAAAAGAGACAAGCCGCAAGUACUGACAAAUUUCCCGCCACACAAGCCGCGCCGCCAACAAACUGGGGAGCUGGAUCUACAGCACCAUAAAUUCUGGAUAUUUCCAAAGCUUUAUUUUUAUACGAUCAACAUUAAU